AUGGCAACUGAACAUUAUCAGCCAAGUUCAAAAUCAACAUGUGCUCCUUUUUCACAAAUACAAUAUCCAACUUUAUCUAAAUUUCAAUCAUCUAUUCCAAUAAAUCCAUCACAAUCAAAUUUAACAAAUCGUCAAAAACCAAUUAUUAAAGAUUUACGUCGAAUCAAUUUAUUAAAUGAAUUAUAUCCUUUUCAAAAAAAUAAAACACGUAUUCAAGAAACAGUUGAAGUAAUUCCUCAACCUGUUUCAUGUGAACGUAUAUUUUAUUCUUAUGCAGAUGAUCAUACAUAUUUACGUUCACGUGAAUCUAUUAAAUUAGAUCAAAAUAUUUCAAAAUAUUCAAAUAAUAAUCUUAUGAAAUUAUUUCAUAAUAAUGAUUAUGAUAAACGAUUUCAAUUAAAUAUUUAUUCAACAACACUUUUUAUUUUUCCAAAACAACGUAAUGAAAAAUUUAUAACAGAAAUACGUUAUAUUCCUGAACAUGUUACAAUACGAUAUAAAACAACACUUGACUUAUUAGCAGCAACAUUAACAUCAUCAGCUCAUGAACAUUAUUAUCAAAAUAUUCAUGAUUUUUAUCAUAUAGCUAAAGACAUUUUUUAUCGAAUUUAA